AUGGUUACAACUGAGAUUUUUGUCGGAAGCCUUGUUACGCUAAACAGUGGUGGCUGUGGAGACGGUGGAGGCGGUAAGAUUGAUGGGAAGAGGAUGCACAAGAGAAAAAGAAUUCAAGAAGAAAAAGGACUUAACUAUGAUAGUUUUGAUUCUGGAAGUCAAACAGACAUGGAAGACGGGGUGCAGUACAAAAGAUCUGGGAAAUAUUACAUCUCACCGAAGAUUGCCUUGUGGAACCCAUCGACCAAGAAGUUUCAUAUCCUACCCUUCACACCUAUUCGAGUUACAACAUGGUCUCCUCUGUAUGGAAUUCGUGACGAUCUCAAAGUUCAAUAUGCAUUCGGGCAUGAUUCGGUCAAGGAUGACUACAAGGUUUUGAGGAUCGUACUGCGGAUUCCUGCAAUGGUUGAUCCUGAUGAGUUUAUACUUCAAGUUAUGGUAUAUAGCUUGAGGGGUGAUUCAUGGAGAGCAAUUGUUGCACCUAAUUAUCUUCGGUUCAUAGUUGGGCUAGAAUAUGUGCUAGUUUGCGACGCUUUUCAUUGGUUGCUAAUCCAAGGGCAAUAUCAACUAAAUAUUGUUGCAUUUGAUAUUCAAAGAGAAGAGUAUUACACAGUACCACUGCCUAACUUGGAAAGUAAUUCUGCUCCUUCCUGCCGGAAUUUGAGUGUCAUCGGACAAUGGCUUUGCUUAACCUCUACUAAUGCCGGCAUCGGCAACGUUGAUAUAUGGGUGAUGAAGGAAUAUGGGGUGAAGGAGUCAUGGGUUAAGUUGUUCUUGCUUGACCAAUCUUCUUCAGAAUACUACAGUACUGUUCGGUAUAAUCUUGUGCCUUUUGCGUAUGUUAAGGACAGUGAUGAUCAUAAGGUUCUCCUAAAAGUCCUGUUUGAUCAAAGUCUCAUGUGGUAUGAUCUAAGGUCGAAAACAUAUGAACAUGUCGAAAUUCCUGGUGCUCCAUGGAUAUUUCAUGCCUGCAGUUUUGUUGGAAGCCUUGUCUCUCCUCUACCUCCAAUGAAGAAACAAAUUAAAGAUAUGUCAAGAACGUGA